GGACGAAGCACGGUUCCUGCAUGGGCAGGAAGGGGGACACUAACGGCGCGUUUGCCGCGGCUGCGCAGCCGGUGACAGGGAUUUUCUCUAAAAUGGGAAUUCUUACUGUACUCACUGGAUUCUGGCUGUUCUCUACAGUAAAGGCAGACUCAAAAGCCAUCACAACAUCUCUCAUUACAAAAUGGGCUUCUACCCCAUUGUUGUUAGAAGCCAGUGAGUUCUUAGCAGAAAACAGUCAAGAGAAAUUUUGGAAUUUUGUAGAAGCCAGUCAAAAUAUUGGAUCAACAGAGGAUCACGGUACUGAUUAUUCCUAUUAUCAUGCAGUAGUGGAGACUGCAUUUCAGUUUCUGUCACCUCUACAACAGAAUUUGUUGAAAUUUUGUCUGUCUCUUCGUUCUUACUCAGCUACAAUUCAAUCCUUCCAGCAGAUAGCAGCUGAUGAACCUCCACCAGAAGACUGCAAUUCAUUUUUUUCAGUCCAUGGAAAGACGACUUGUGAUUUUGAUACUCUUGAGACUCUUCUACUCACAGCAUCUGAAAGACCCAAACCAUUAUUAUUCAAAGGAGAUCACAGAUACCCCUCAUCUAAUCCAGAAAGUCCAGUGGUGAUUUUCUACUCUGAGAUUGGCCAUAAAGAAUUUUCCACUUUUCAUCAACAACUCAUAUCAAAAAGCAAUGCUGGCAAAAUAAAUUAUAUAUUCAGACAUUAUCUACCUAACCCUGGAAAGGAGCCUGUUUAUCUUUCUGGCUAUGGUGUGGAGCUGGCUAUUAAAAGCACUGAGUACAAGGCCAAGGAUGAUACUCAGGUGAAAGGAACUGAAGUAAAUGCCACAGUGAUAGGAGAAAAUGAUCCUAUUGAUGAAGUUCAAGGAUUCCUUUUUGGAAAAUUAAGAGAUCUACACCCUGAUCUGAAGGGGCAGUUGAAAGAACUCAGAAAGCAUCUUGUGGAGAGCACAAAUGAAAUGGCACCUUUAAAAGUCUGGCAAUUGCAAGAUCUAAGUUUCCAGACUGCUGCCCGAAUCUUGGCUGCUCCUCCUGAGUUAGCUUUGGUGGUUAUGAAGGAUCUUAGUCAAAAUUUCCCUACUAAAGCAAGAGCAAUAACUAAAACAGCUGUGAGUUUGGAAAUACGAACUGAAGUGGAAGAAAAUCAAAAGUAUUUUAAAGGAACUUUAGGAUUACAACCAGGAGAUUCAGCUCUGUUCAUCAAUGGACUGCACAUUGAUUUAGAUACGCAGGAUAUUUUCAGUUUAACUGAUACAUUGAGGAAUGAAGCAUGGGUAAUGGAAGGUCUGCACAGAUUGGGAAUAGAAGGCAUUUCUCUGCAUAAUGUUUUGAAACUGAACAUCCAGCCGUCUGAGGCUGACUAUGCAGUCGACAUCAGGAGUCCUGCCAUUUUAUGGAUUAACAACCUUGAGGUUGAUAGCAGAUAUAAUUCAUGGCCUUCUAGUCUACAAGAGUUGCUUCGACCCACCUUUCCUGGUGUUAUCAGGCAGAUCCGGAAAAAUUUGCAUAACAUGGUUUUUAUAAUUGACCCAGCUCAUGAGACCACAGCAGAAUUGAUUAAUACAGCUGAAAUGUUCCUUAGUAAUCAUAUACCACUAAGAAUUGGCUUGAUCUUUGUGGUUAAUGACUCUGAAGAUGUUGAUGGGAUGCAGGACGCUGGAGUGGCUGUUUUUCGAGCUUAUAAUUAUGUUGCUCAAGACUUGGAUGCUUAUCAUGCUUUCCAAACACUGAUGCAUAUAUAUAACAAGGUGAGGACUGGAGAAAAGGUGAAAACAGAACAUGUGGUCAGUGUCCUGGAGACGAAAUAUCCAUAUGUAGAAGUGAAUAGCAUUUUGGGGAUAGAUUCUGAGUAUGAUCAGAAUCGGAAGGAAGCAAGAGCCUACUAUGAACAGACUGGGCUUGGUCUACUGCCUGUGGUUCUGUUCAAUGGGAUGCCCUUUGAAAAGGAACAGUUAGAUCCUGAUGAAUUGGAAACCAUCACAAUGCACAAAAUCUUGGAGACAACAACCUUCUUCCAAAGAGCAGUGUACUUGGGUGAACUGUCUCAUGAUCAAGAUGUGGUUGAAUAUAUCAUGAAUCAGCCAAAUGUUGUUCCACGAAUCAAUUCUAGAAUUUUGACAGCUGAAAGAGAAUACCUUGAUUUAACAGCAACUAAUAACUUCUUUGUGGAUGAUUAUGCUAGAUUUACUGUCUUGGAUUCUCAAGGCAAAACUGCUGCUGUAGCCAAUAGUAUGAACUAUCUGACAAAGAAAGGAAUGUCCUCCAAGGAAAUCUAUGAUGAUUCUUUUAUUAGGCCAAUAACUUUUUGGAUUGUUGGGGAUUUUGAUAGGCCUUCUGGAAGACAGUUAUUAUAUGAUGCUAUCAAACAUCAGAAAUCCAGUAACAAUGUGAGGCUAAGCAUCAUAAAUAAUCCUAGUGAAGAUAUAAGUUAUGAGAACACGCAGAUCUCCAGAGCAAUCUGGGCAGCCCUCCAAACACAGACCUCAAACUCUGCUAAGAACUUCAUCACCAAAAUGGCCAAGGAGGAGACUGCAGUGUCCCUGGCCACAGGGGCUGAUAUCACAGCAUUCUCUGUCGGAGGCAUGGAUUUCAGUCUUUUUAAAGAGGUCUUUGAGUCUUCCAAAAUGGAUUUCAUUUUGUCUCAUACCAUGUACUGCAGGGAUGUUCUGAAGCUGAAGAAGGGACAAAGAGCAGUGAUCAGCAAUGGAAGGAUUAUUGGGCCACUGGAGGAUAGUGAACUGUUUAAUCAAGAUGAUUUCCACCUCCUAGAAAAUAUCAUACUAAAAACUUCAGGACAGAAAAUAAAAUCGCAUAUUCAACAGCUUCGAGUAGAAGAAGAUGUGGCAAGUGACUUAGUAAUGAAAGUGGAUGCUCUCCUCUCCACUCAAUCCAAAGGAGAUGCAAGGAUUGACCACCAGUUCUUUGAAGAUAAACACAGUGCCAUCAAACUGAGACCAAAGGAAGGGGAGACAUAUUUUGAUGUUGUUGCCAUCAUUGACCCUGUCACCAGAGAAGCACAGAGACUGGCCCCAUUGCUCUUGGUUAUGACUCAACUGAUAAACAUGAAUUUAAGAAUAUUUAUGAACUGCCAAUCUAAACUUUCUGACAUGCCUUUAAAAAGCUUUUACCGUUAUGUCCUAGAGCCAGAGAUAUCUUUCACUUCAGACAAUAGCUUUGCUAAGGGUCCAAUAGCAAAAUUUUUGGAUAUGCCACAGUCUCCUCUGUUCACUCUAAAUUUGAAUACACCUGAAAGUUGGAUGGUAGAAUCUGUCAGAACACCAUAUGAUCUUGAUAAUAUUUAUUUAGAAGAGGUAGACAGCAUAGUGACUGCGGAGUAUGAGCUGGAAUACCUGUUACUAGAAGGUCAUUGCUAUGACAUCACCACAGGUCAACCCCCAAGAGGACUGCAGUUUACCCUAGGAACUUCAGCUAAACCAGUCAUUGUUGAUACCAUUGUUAUGGCUAAUCUGGGUUAUUUUCAAUUAAAAGCCAACCCAGGAGCUUGGAUUCUCAAACUUAGGAAGGGGCGCUCUGAAGAUAUUUAUAGAAUCUACAGCCAUGAUGGUACAGAUUCUCCUCCUGAUGCCGAUGAAGUUGUUGUCGUCCUCAACAACUUCAAGAGCAAAAUUAUUAAAAUGAAGGUACAGAAGAAGGCAGAUAUGGUGAAUGAAGACUUAUUGAGUGAUGGAACUAAUGAGAAUGAAUCUGGAUUUUGGGACUCCUUUAAAUGGGGUUUUUCAGGAGGACAAAAGACUGAGGAAAUGAAACAAGAUAAAGAUGAUGUAAUUAAUAUUUUCUCUGUUGCAUCUGGUCAUCUGUAUGAAAGAUUUCUUCGUAUAAUGAUGCUAUCGGUACUGAAGAAUACCAAGACCCCUGUGAAAUUCUGGUUCUUAAAGAAUUAUUUGUCCCCGACAUUUAAGGAAUUUAUACCUUACAUGGCAAACGAAUACAAUUUCCAGUAUGAACUUGUUCAGUACAAGUGGCCCCGAUGGCUUCAUCAGCAAACUGAGAAACAGCGCAUUAUAUGGGGUUACAAGAUCCUCUUCCUGGAUGUCCUUUUCCCUCUUGUUGUUGACAAAUUUCUGUUUGUCGAUGCUGAUCAGAUUGUACGGACAGAUCUGAAAGAGUUAAGAGACUUCAAUUUGGAUGGUGCUCCUUAUGGUUAUACGCCUUUCUGUGAUAGCCGAAGAGAAAUGGAUGGCUACAGGUUCUGGAAGUCUGGUUACUGGGCCAGUCAUUUAGCUGGGCGGAAGUAUCAUAUCAGUGCGCUGUAUGUUGUGGACUUGAAGAAGUUUAGGAAAAUAGCUGCUGGCGACAGACUCAGAGGGCAGUAUCAAGGUCUGAGUCAGGAUCCAAACAGCCUUUCAAAUCUUGAUCAGGAUUUACCAAAUAACAUGAUUCAUCAGGUGCCAAUUAAAUCACUCCCUCAAGAAUGGCUUUGGUGUGAGACUUGGUGUGAUGAUGCCUCUAAGAAAAGGGCAAAGACAAUUGAUUUGUGUAAUAAUCCAAUGACCAAAGAGCCUAAACUGGAAGCAGCUAUGAGAAUUGUUCCAGAGUGGCAGGACUAUGAUCAAGAAAUCAAGCAAUUACAAAUCCGCUUUCAAAAAGAGAAGGAAGCAGGACCACUGUCUAAAGAAAAUACAACAAAAGAGUCAAGACAAGAAGGUCCUCAGAAACGUGAAGAAUUAUGAUUUCCCAAGGAGGAUAGGAAUGACACCAUUUGAAAAACAGUUUUUAUACUAAAUACUAGUUUUUUCUCAUCUGUCUGUACAACUGCUGGUGAACUUGCUGAGCAGG